AUGACCCCUUCCGAUGCAUUAGUCCUCAAUUUUGCAGUGGAUGUCACUGACCGCCUGGCUACUGUAGCGCGGGGCAUCGGAGGAAGCGAAGACAAGCUCUUUUGUCCAGCGUUAGCCGCCGCCCUCUGGCUGGUCAGCCAGCACCUAAAAGACCAGAAGGAAUCCGACUCGGUACAUAUCCCACGCCUACUCAAGUUGCUAAAUAAUCUUGAAAGGAUCUGCAAGCCUACAACCGGCCCAAGUCUGCUAAAAGAACCAAAAAAUGACCUCGAACUCGCUCAACGGUACCCUGGGCUCAAUCUACUUCAUCAUAAUAACCGCAAAAACGCUGUGGAUGGCGUGCGCAAGUUAGCUUUGCGGCGGAGUCCUGAAGGAAAAAAGAAGCAGCAGGGUUUACUGAGAAUUCUCGAGGCCUUUAUCAAACCCCUGGCAAUUGCAGACGAGAUGCCAAAUCCGAAAACAAAGACUCAAGUUUGGGUUGGAGAUGACUUCACUGGGUCAAUGAGGACCCUGUACAAGGUGCUGUCUUCAUACAUCUUCUGUAAUAACGGGAGUGAGCAGACUCAGAUCGCAGGAAGACUUCGACUGGCACUCGAGAACGGGGCCGAAUCAGAUUCUCCGGCUUUCGAUCUGAUGUUUCUUGCGCACCCUCAUCGCGAGUUGGAAGAAGAGUCUUUCCGAUGGCGUGAGACUCGCAUCUUAGUGGAUCGCAGAAAGGCCAAAUUUUCUGACACAAAUAACAAGGAAGUACAGCUUCAAAUCAACGGCCCGAUGUGCAUUGAAGACUUUUGUGAGAGGAUAAGCACAAGGGAACAAUACCAAUUGUCUCUCAAAGUAUCAGACAAGCAACUGCACUUUGUUGAGUGGUGCGAAGGCGCAAGGAUUUGGGUGCCAAAUACACCCUCCGUGGCCCUUUCCAUGAUACUGAGAAAUCACAAGCUAUCACAGAAGAUGAAGUAUCUGCUAUCCUACCUCCUAGCCAAGUCCAUGUGGCAAUUCUACUCAACCGAUUGGCUGGGUAAGGAGUGGACAAAAGAGAGCAUCCACUUCAUGUUUGAACGCCGCCAGAGCCCCAAGGACGCUGGCAUUUAUUUGAACGAGCCCUUCAUCUCAGCUCACUUCGACCCAGACAACAAGACGAAUGAUUCAGAUUUCAGGCCGCACAAGUUUCCCAAAAUCAAGGCCCUUGGAAUAGUUCUGCUAGAGAUUGAGCUGGGGACCGUUAUCGAAGACCACUAUGAUGACGAGUGCCGCGCCCCUGAUGGAGAGCUCAACGCGGAUGCGGAUCUGUAUGUGGCACUCAAGCUUUUCGAUGACCCUGAUAGGUUGGAAGACACCUUUCCGCUGCUGAAGUCCGUUAUUGGCGACUGUCUACGACCCUCCAAGUUCAUGCAGCAUCGUCAUAACAUCGAGGAGCUGCGCAAGGUCCUACAAGAAGAGGUGGUAGACCAUUUACACACUCUCAUCGGACUUUACGGCCAGCCUGAAAAGAUUGACCUCAGGCCAACCGUACAGAUGCAACCGUCACAGAUACGGAAGGUAACACAAAAACAUCCCUUCUCUCAUGGUGUGUCUCUGCAACAACCACAUAUAACAAAACAACUACCAUUAGAUGGGCACCGAACCGCGAACGUCAAAUCUGCCGCCUCUAAUGGGGCGGUGGCCAGCUGCAUCACACAGGCCUCGGCCGAGGCUUGGUUCGAAGAGUUGGACGAGCUCAACGAGAUCCUCUCUUGUCUACCAAGUGAGACUGACCCAACAUACAAACAAGUCCGUGUUGCGGUCAUUGAUACGGGAAUCGACGAGAACGACUCUUAUGCUAGGCACAUACGAGGAUACCGAGACUUCGUUACGAACAGGGAUGACGUGAAGCAAGACAAUACCGGCCAUGGCACUAACUCGGUAAAGCUCAUUUUCAAAGUCUACGCCGAAGCCGAGGUGUAUGUUGCUAGAGUAUUUGAGUUUGAUGAGGCGAAUGAUGACACACAGGACCUUAUGUUAGAGGCAAUCGAACAUGCAAAGAAUGUCUGGCAGGCGGAUGUCAUCAGUAUCGCAUCAGGGUUCGAGCGAGACCAUGCCCUGAUGAGGAGAGCGAUCAAAAGAGCUGCUAGUGAUGGAACUCUCAUCUUUGCGGCGGCAUCGAACUACGGAAAUAUCAGGCAGGUUACCUUUCCGGCUCGCAUGCAGGACGUGAUCUGUAUUUACUGCACAGAUGGUCGAGCAAAGGUCUCUCAAUCAAUCAACCCAGCUGCCCAGACCACCAAGUCCAAGAACUUUGCCAUCCUUGGUGAAGGGGUUUCGGUGCCGCCGUCGAUACGAGAGCAGCUCACGGGCACGUCAGUGGCAACGAGCAUCGCGGCCGGUCUCGCUGGCCGUUUGCUUGACUUUUCACGACAAAAGGAUUGCCGGCAGAAUAUACGAUGUGUAGGGAACUUGGCAAGUGUUGAGGGCAUAUCCGCGGUAUUUAGUCACAUGGCCAAGGGAGCUGAGGACUAUAGAUAUAACUGUGUCGUGCCUGGAAGGCUCUUGCAGCAUCUGGAUGAGGGGGAUGGGAGGGCGAUGAAACGAGCGAGGAUAUGUGAGAGGCUUUCAACUGCUUUAGAAAAUAUUGACUUGGACAUAUAA